AGUAACAGCGGAACCAGCCUGCAGUCAUCUUUGGAACCUCCAUCAACAUGUUCGCUCAGCGAACGUCGCUGGGUCUAGCCGUUGGGCUAGCCCUGUUUGCCGUGUCUGCAGUGUCCGCAGGAGUCACCACCUUCAACACCGGAGACUUAUUUGCCGUCCGCUUUCCGCAACUCGACGAGGCGAAGUUUGGCGACAGCUUCAUCAAGUUCGAGACUGAUGGCUUACAACCCAAUCAAUUACGGUUACGUGCUGCUCCUCUCCGUCCAGGACUGGACUUCAUAGUGAAACGUGGUAAUACCACUCGCAGAGUUACAGAGAAACCCAAGAUGAGUCUGGGAGAUCAAGGUGAGUUCCCCUUGUGCCACAAACCCCAAACCCCAUAAACCCUUAAUUCAGCUCGAAAAAUUUAAAAUUCGAAAGUCACCUUACCUAUUGACGCGACUUUCGAACCUGAAUGUCGUGUGGAGACUCACGUUCAACAUCAAGUCUUCCCGGUACUUAGAAUACAGUCUAAUCUGUUAUUAGUCUGAAUGUUAAAAGAAAAAUAUUAACCGUAUUGCUGGAAACCUUAUUCAAACCGAUUCAAAACAGAAGUAAG